AUGGGCGAAUCCGCAGCCACCACAUUCGCCUCAAUAUUCGUCCUGGGAGUAGGAUUCGCAGGAGCCGGGUAUCUCUACCAUAAAUGCUAUAAAAUGCUCGUUCUUAGGAAAAUGACACGAGCCUUCGAACCUGGGGAUCCUGUAUUGGAGUUGGCCGCGGUGGGCAAAGACGUUCCUCAUAGUCACCCUCCCGGCGAGGAACAUUGGGUGCGCCGCCCGGAACAAGAACAUAUCGACCGUAUCAUCACUGGCCAGGAGGUUGGCCAUUACUACUUCAUAUUGGGCGAAAAGGGUUCCGGAAAAAGUAGCAUGCUCAUUGAAGCAAUGCGCAAGAUUGAUGGCGAUGGUGUCGCCAUGUUUGAGGCCCAUGCUGACCCGGAGAUUGUGAGAAUCCGCCUGGGCAAAGCGCUCGACUACGAAUUUCAUGAGGACUACAUCGGCGGGUACUUUAGCGAGAAAGGGCCACGUGACAUGGGAGCUCUUUUGGAUAUUGAGCGUGCGCUGAAUAAGUUGGAAAAAGUGGCCAUGAAGCUAUUCCGUAUAAGAAAGAAGCCUCUGGUUGUCAUUGUCAAUCAGAUGCACCUCUUACGAAAUGACGAUGUUGGUCGAAACCUUAUCGAGCUUUUACAACAGCGCGCUGAACAGUGGGCCGCCGCAGGGUUGGUGACCAUGGUAUUCAACUCGGAUGAUUAUUGGGUCUACGAACGGCUGAAACAACUAUCCACUAGAAUGGAAGUGUUACCUGUGACGGAUUUGCCGAAAAAGCAAGCCAUUCAGGCUCUGCAGAGAUAUCGCAUGCGCUAUUUUGGAGAAAAGAUGUCCCAGGAAGAGCUUGACGAUGUAUAUGACCGUGUUGGAGGACGAUUGAGUUUCCUGAACCGUGUAGCAAAGAGCCAUGAUAUGUUGGCCACGUGCGAAAGGAUCAAGGACAUUGAGAAAAAAUGGUUCCUCAAUCAAUGCUGGAUCAUGGGAACCGAAAUGGAUGAUGAUGUUAUGGACCAACAAAAAUGGGCGGCCGCUGCUAUGGUCUUAGCACAUGCCCUUGUUGAGAAGGAAGAGAGCAUGGCCAGCACAUAUGACCCUGUUGUAGGCCACAUCCUACCAACAUAUCCUUUCCAUAUCGCGCAAGAGAUCAUGACGCGAUGCGACUUUAUCAGAGAUCUAGACAGCUUGAAUUUAUUCACGAUUACGAAUCAAGCAGACGUACGAGCUAGCAGCGUUCCAAUGCACCGGGCUUUCCGGGAGAUUUGUAGCCAACCGGGCUUCAAGGAACAUUUGGAUGAUACCAUUGAAAGGAUUGCCGCCAUUGAGAGCCUAGGCCGAACCAGGGAACUGGUGGCCAAAGACUUGGUUCUUGGUGGACAAUAUGACAUUCAGCAGGAGUGCAACAAGGUCACGUUGAGGUUGAAGAUGCCUGAGGAGGAGAAGGACAAUUAA